UCCAGACUCCCAGCAGAGCCACCGGAUACAAUUCACGGCAUCCCCAGUCAGUCGCAAGGUGGUGGGGGCGGUCGAAUCACAUUCAGCGUCCAGGAACCCGAACCUGAGAGCCCUGCGGAUCUUUGACUUACUCAGGCCUCCUCUCGACCUCGACCUCUUUCUCUUCUCUCCACUUUCUCUCUCGUCUCUCUUUCUCUCUCUCGGUCUUUGUAUCCAUCUCUCGCUGUCUGUCGCGUCUUGCAGUCCUUCUUCGCUGUCCUAGCUCCAUUUCGAUUACUUGAAACUUCUCGCAAAUCCACCGCCACUACCGCCAUAAUGUCUGCCAAAGAACUCACUUUCAAGGAGGUUGCCGAGCACAACACCAAGAAGGACCUGUACAUGGUCAUUCACGACAAGGUCUACGACUGCAGUUCUUUCGUCGAUGAGCACCCUGGUGGUGAGGAAGUCCUCCUCGACGUGGGUGGUCAGGACGCCACAGAGGCCUUUGAGGAUGUUGGGCACAGCGACGAGGCUCGCGAGAUCCUGCAGGGUCUCCUUGUUGGUGACCUGAAGCGUCUGCCCGGCGACCCCACUCCUAAAGUUCACGGUUCAUCCUCCAGCGAGUCUUCCUCCUCUAGCUCCAGUACCGGCUUCGGCUUCGGUCUCUACGCGAUCCUUCUGAUCGGUGGCGCUGCUGCCUACGCUGCCUACCAGUACCUCCAGGCCUCUGCUGGCGCUGAGCAGUAGAGCGAGAGAAGAAUAGAAGGCGCGGCGGGAGUAGAGAGAUUAUGAGCAGAAGAGAGGAGGGAAUAAAAAAGACAAUGCAACAAAGAAAUGCUACUACGAAGACUUUUGAGACCACUCGGUUUUUCUCUUAUAUUUAAUGUGACCUCAACAGAUUUGCUUGAUACAUUUUUCUUACAUUGUUGGUUCUACUAUCUGGCGCGUUAGGUGAUAUCAACUUCAUCAACCACAGAAUCGCGAGAUUUUUGUUACCCUUAG